AUGAUAUUUCUAAACGUGAAUGUCUUUAUUUGUCUUCAGACUAUUGUCAUCGCUGUGACGUUGAUAUCUGUGGAAGCGUACGAUAUUAAAAGAGACGGUUCUUCCAAUGUGGACGUCACGUCUUAUCGUGAAUCACAUUCGCGGAAUUUCUUUCUGAAUGAACCGUUUAUCGACAAAACGAUCGGUCUGCAAAUUUCAGCCGCUGUACCAGUGAGAGAUCAAACUACUGGCCAGCGAGCCUUUCGCGAUGUACCCUUAAAAAAUCGAGCCAUCUAUCCAUCCGGCUUAACAGUUUUUCAUCAUCAACCGAUCAAACAGAAUUCCUUUAAGAUAACAUCGUUUAGAGAUAAACUAUUGUACAAAGACGCAAUAUUAAAGAAUCAACAAUUGCGUGGAGAACCGACUGUCCUCACAGACAAUCCUCUCGAAGAACAAUGGCUUACACCAGAGGAAAUCUCCGAGGGACAAACGUCGACAUACGGUAGCCAAGCACCAUUCAAAGAACAGUUGUUUACAACUGAAACACCAUUUAAAAACUUAUUUCGCGGACAAUCAUCCUCGGCUGAACAAGCGCUUCAAAAGCAAAAGGCUUUCGUUGAAUCUCCAUCCAUCUCCAACUCGGUCAAAUUUUAUCGAGAUAAUUCUUACAUUAAACCAAUCGAUUUGUACGAGCGAUAUAAAAAUUUAUUGACUUCGUUUGACGGGAAUUCUUUGAUACAUACAAAGUACGACAAUCAUGUGCCUAAACUGUCUUCGGUGCUGAUGGUUCCGUCUUCUGAGUAUCUUCCGUUAAACGCCGAGACGCCCACGACGCAAUCAUCAAUGCCUUUUAUUGUGCACGGACAUAAUUCUGCCAUGUCUUCUGUUUCCUCUGGUAUGAGCGAUUCCUCAGAAGCUUCCAAGGUGAAACUCGGUCCGAGAUGGAACUCGCUAACGUCGAUCAGCAACUGUAAUGCGCCAGUUGACAGCUUACCAACAACUGUUCCAUCAAUCUCAGUUAGCACAAACCAAUCCUCGAUUGUAGGUCACAUCUUAACAAGUUUAACAACCAAGCCCAGUUCGCCUGUCCUGGCAACAUCAAUAGCGCCGUCCGGAAACGUCCUUGAACCGAUUUAUUUUCAUGCUACUAAACAUGGAUCUAUCACAUAUCCUCUUCGUACUCUGAGUGACAAUAGCGACAUGCACGCUCAUACGUCUUCACAUAUACCGACGAGCCUCAAGAUCAACGAGCAUAACGUUAAAUUCCUAGAGCCAGAAGCACUCAAAAACGUUGAAACCCAAAGCUCCACGUUAAACUACAUUCUCCCGGAAGAGCACAAAGCUGGCCUGAAGGAUAUUCAGACCUCCUUAAUGGACUACACGCUGCCUGUGAAAGUUAAACACCAUUGGCCUUUGCAGCAAUUCUCAGAACCAGAAAUAUCUUCUGGCUAUGCUCCGCUGUCUCUAAACUCGAAGAUGAAACGCGUUUUACCGAAUAUACCUAUCGCGCCCAUUUCUUGGCCAAUAGAAAUUAAAAAUGACGUUUCCACAACGCUGCCCUUGAAAUCUAUAAUGACAUCCAACGCGGUAGCAAAGAACAAGUUACUGCUAGGCACUCACAUAGAUUUACCUGUGGACUUCACAGCAAGCAUACCAAACAGUCUGACUUCAAAUACACCCAAUGGUAUAUCUGGAAGCAUAACUGGUGGCAUAUCAACGAGCAUACCUGGUAGCAUGACGAUGGACAUACCUGCGAGCAUACCAACUUUGAACUUUGGGCAAACUUUACAUCACGUGGAACAAUUACGAUCAACUCAAGAGGCAAGAAAUCCAUGGUACCCCACAGGUUUGCAACUGCAACUGGGAGGUUUCGACGGAAUAAAUUACACCUUACAUACGGAUAAUCCCGCCAUGAGACCGAUAGAACCUGGGAUAGGAAAAGCGGGUUUAACUUCGCCGAAAUUAGCGCAACCGCACGCUCUCGCAUUUGCAAAAAUUGGAGUUGGAUAUCAUCUUUAAUAGCAAUUUAGGACUACUAUUAUUCGAAACUACUUUGAUGUAUACAUUAUAUUUAAAAUAUUACCUAUACAUUUAUAAAAUUUGAGUAAUUACUGUGACCAGAAAAAGUCAC